CAAUAUUGAUUCAUUCUAAAAUUCUGAAACUGUACAUUACUAUCAACUAUAAAUUAAAAAACAUAACUUUCUUCUAUAUACAAAGCAAUGUUAUUAAUUGGAUUAUUAUAAGUUUAUCAUUUUUUAGUUCUUAGAAGUUUAGCCUCUAAGUUUUGUUUUACGAUACGUCCAUUCUUGUGUUAUUAUGACAAUGAAUCUUGAAAUCAACAGAUUAAAUACUUUUACAAACUGGCCGGCAUGUGCCUUGAUAAAUCCUGUAAGAAUUGCGAAAGCGGGAUUCUUUUACACGGGACAAGGAACGGAAGUGCAAUGUUUUAGCUGUAAUGGAAAACUUGCGCAAUGGAAUUGUGGAGAUCAAGUAAUGGGGCGACAUCGCAUGAUGUCUCCUAAUUGUGCAUUUGUAUUAGACCCUCAGUCGUCCGGAAACGUCCCCUUCAUGCCUGGAGGAGAUAGUCCAUCAACUGAUGAGCCUGUAGCUCUUUCAGAAUCACCUCAGAGAUCUUCACCUGAUGAUCAAAAUAAUGAUGAAUCACCUCAAGAUUAUGGUCACACAGAAGAAGAUGAAAUGUAUAAAACUAGUAUACUUAGAUUGCUUUCAUUUACUAAUUGGGUUGAUAGUUCAGUAUCUCAAGAGGCUUUAGUGAAUGCAGGCUUCUAUCACGCAGGCGAGGGCCGUCUCCGUUGUGCCUGGUGUGGAGGUGAACUUGCACCAUUUAGAAAUUUUGGUACAUUGGGAUCACCCCUUGAAGUACAUAGAAUGUACUUCCCCCGAUGCGCGCAUGCCAUAGCUCUUGAGGCAGAACAGCGCAACAAUUAUGCGAUUGGGCCGACCCAGCCCUGGGAAGAACCAGACAUACCUGACAACACUGAUAAUAAUCGGCCACAAUCUUCCGGCGCGGUGCUGAACGCGCGCGUGAUGGCGGCGGGCGAGUCGUGGCGGUCGCUGGGCGUGGUCGGGGGCGGCGCGCGCCACGCCGCAUACGCCUCGCUCGCCUCGCGCCUGCAGACUUUCAGCCGCUGGCCGGCUGACCGCCCGCAGGACCCUAAAGCCUUGGCCGAGGCUGGAUUUUAUUAUACUGGGAUUGAUGAUCAGGUGCGUUGUUUCUACUGCGACGGGGGGCUGGGCAAGUGGGAGGCGGGCGACGCGCCGUGGUCGGAGCACGCGCACUGGUUCCCGCACUGCGGCUACCUGCUGCUGGCCAAGGGACAGGAGUUCGUCGACACCUACAGCAACAAGGCCUCCGUGCAGCGAACUUUGUCGGCCGACAGCGGUCUCAGUUCAAGACGACGUAAUCCAAGAGUUAAAUUUCCAGUUACCGAUAGUCAGGUGGAGGAGUGCAUGGAGGGCGCGGCGGUGCUGGCGGCGCUGGGCGCGGGGCUGGACGCGGCCCGCGUGCGCCGCGCCAUCGUGCACAAGCUGCGCUCCACGGGUCUGCCGUUCAGCUCGUCGGAGGCGCUGAUCGACGCGGUGCUGGACGAGCAGUUGAACGAGGAGCCGUUCAGCACGACGCCGCAGCGCCUCGCCCGCGACAUCCUGGCCGUCACGCUGCAGGACCUGCCGGCCUCCAGGUUAAUACCACCGUUUCGACGUGGAGAGGAAUCUGAAAGCAGAUCCGAUUCGGACAGCCCUUCUGCAUCUCCGACUCCCGCGGCCAGAUAUCUAGCACCUUCUAGAAGCAGAAAUGUAGUUCCUUCUAGAGCGUCCCUGCCGACACAACCUUCUAGAAGUGAAAAAUCACAGACGCGUUCUCUGAGCUCCAGCAAAGAACGGAAGAUAAGUGGAGAUAAGAAAAGACAGGGAAGUCCUGCGCCGCAGAAAAAGGAAUUGACUCUAGAAGAAGAGAACAGGCAGCUAAAAGAAGCUAGGCUCUGCAAAGUGUGCAUGGACAGUGAGGUGAGCGUGGUGUUCCUGCCGUGCGGGCACCUGGUGUCGUGUGCGGGCUGCGGCGCGGCGCUGGCGGCCUGCCCGCUGUGCCGCGCCGUCGUGCGCGCGCUCGUCCGCGCCUACCUCGCCUGACCCCGCCCCUCCCCCGCCAACACCACCAGCACCACCAGCACCCCGCACAGUACGGAACAAGAAACGCCGUCUCGUGGGCGCGGGUCCCGCGCGCGGCGCGCGAUCGAUGACGGCUCCUUUAGGUGCAUUACUAUUUAAUAAGAAUAACACUAUUAAACAUUAAUAAACCCGCAAACAACACUAAAAAAUCGUAUGAUAUUUAUUUUAUUUUAUAACAUAAGGUGGCAAACGAGCAAGCGGCCACUAGAAUCCGCCAGAAUGGCGAAG